AUGGCACAAAUUGGUAAAUUGAGGAACCAUUCAGGACUGCGAUUGGAUCUCAACUCGCGGCCAACGACACCUUGCAGCCUGGAUGACGAAACAGGUGCACCUUCAUUGAAACCAUCGACUUCCACGGAAAGCAGCGGCAACUGGCGUGAGGAUCUAGCUCGUAUUGUCAGCCAAAAUCGAUCCCAAAGCAAGCUGGCACCCCAAAGCGACGAAGAACUUAAAGCAGACGACUUUGAAAACGUUCAAAAGUUGGGCGAAGGUGCUGCUGGUGUUGUAUGGAAAGUGCGUUACAAGGCAACAGGGCUUGUUAUGGCCAAAAAGACAAUUACAGUGGAAGCCGAACCACAGUUGCAGCGACAAAUCCUUCGUGAGCUUUCGUUUCUAAAGACGUGUGAAUCUCCUCAUAUUGUUUCAUUUCAUGGUGCCUUUCUCGAUGAUGGUGAUACAACCAUUGCUAUUUGCAUGGAGUAUUGUGACGGUGGCAGCUUUGAAGACAUUUACAAACGUGCACGCGAUAUGCAUGGUGUGAUCGGUGAAACGGUCUUGGCUAGACUCGCAGAAUCGGUCUGUAAAGGUCUGAUUUACUUGCAUUCCAAGAAUGUUAUUCAUAGAGAUAUCAAACCCUCGAAUAUCCUGAUGACAAGGAAGGGUGAAAUCAAAUUAUGUGAUCUUGGCGUUUCGGGCGAGUUGAUCAAUUCAAUGGCGGAAACAUUUACUGGAACUCAGUAUUACAUGGCGCCCGAGCGCAUUCAGGGCGCCACUUACUCUGUCCAAUCUGACAUUUGGUCACUAGGCUUGACUAUCAUUGAAGUUGCUCAGAAUCACCCUGCACUACCACCGCCAGGCCAACCUCAUCUUUCAGUGUUUGAAUUACUUGAUUUCAUCGUCAGCCAGCCCUUGCCAACUUUGGGUAAUGAUCGAUCGGAAGAGUGUAGAGACUUUGUAGCCAAAUGCUUGAUCAAGAAGCCCACCGACCGACCUGGACCCGAAGCCAUGCUUGAACAUGCCUUUAUCAAGGAGCGUGCUGAUCCUUCACAAGACUUGGCAUCGUGGCUCAAGGAGGUGUGGAAUUGGAAGUAA